UUCUGUCCCUUGCCUCUUCUUCCUCCACUUCCUCUUCUCCGCACCUGCUAAUUCACCGCCACGGCGGCCGCUAACCAGUCUAUAAGCUAAGUCAAAUAACCGCCCUUAUCUUGUCAUUAUUCAGCCUGUGUCGCGCUCUGACAAUAGCCACGUAACUCCAUCCUUGUCGUCAUCUAAUAAUAUACAUAGUCAUUCGUGUCUGCGAUUCUGUAUCUCGAAAUGGCAAAUAGAUUUAUGAAGCGCUUCUUCCAAGAAUUGUAUUACACAAAUUUGAUCAAGAGACAAAAAACAUACCAAAGGUUUGUCUAUGGAGUUUUGAGUCGAUGUCAAUCACAAAUGUCAAAACCUGAUAAGGGAGAAGCAGAUGUAGUGAAAGAAGCAAAAAAUGCAGCGCAAGUUUCUUCAAGGCCUAAACUUGAUAAAAUGACAGACUAUAAAACUGGACUUGGAUAUAAUUCUGGUAAAGAUCUGAGUGAUAAUAAGUGGAGGUUAGAGCUUGCUUGGCUUACAAAGGCUCUUGAACCAGCUUUGCAACUGUGGAAUGGACUUGGAAACAAAACCCCUCCUAGUGGUCGAUCUCUUAUGGAGAUCGUUGCAAGCAUUCAGCGGAGCAAGAUUGCGAUUGAGGGUUGGAGCUUGAGUGAUCUUACAAUUGGUCUAUAUCUUAUUUAUCUUCGACAAUCAUCCUUAAAUCCAGUUGAGGAUUUUAAGGGUGUUCAUGUCUCUUCAGAGUUAAUAGUCCAAGAUCUCAUUUAUCACAUUGAGUUAGCAAAAGGUUGUUAUAAGGACGAUGCUUUUUGGCUCGCAAGGAACAGCAUGCUUCUUGAAAGCAAUAUUCUUAAAUUUGUAAAAGAUUCCAGUGUGAUGAGGCCUGGUUAUUACAUAGGGAUUGAUCCUCGCAAGAAACUCAUAAUUUUUGGAAUUCGUGGAACUCACACAGUCUAUGACAUUAUAACUGACAUUGUUUCUUCAAGUGAUGGAGAAGUCACAUUUGAAGGAUAUUCAACCCACUUUGGCACAGCUGAAGCUGCUCGUUGGUUUCUUACUCAUGAGAUGGGAACCAUAAGGGAGUGCUUGAAGAAAUAUGAGGGAUUUAGAUUAAGGUUAGUGGGUCACUCUCUUGGAGCUGCUAUAGCUUCUUUGCUAGCAAUCAUGCUCCGAAAAAGGUCACAUGAGGAACUUGGUUUUAGCCCUGAUAUUGUUUCUGCUGUUGGAUUUGCAACUCCACCAUGUGUCUCCAGAGAACUUGCUGAAAGCUGUGCUGAUUUUGUUACAACUGUCGUAAUGCAGGAUGACAUUGUACCCAGGUUAAGUGCAGCUUCUCUAGCAAGGUUAAGGAAUGAAAUUCUGCAAACUGAUUGGAUGAGUGUCAUUGAAAAGGAAGACUGGAAAAGUGUCAUAGGAUUGGUCACAAAUGCGAAGCAUGUUGUAUCUUCUGUCCAAGAUGUAGCUUGGAAACUCGCUGAUUAUGCAAAGCUCAGGAGCAGCAAGAAUUCUCCUGACAGUCCCAACCAUAAGCAAUUGCAAAAUCCAACUUCUAAAACUACAAUAGACGAUGAUUCUGUCUUGAAAAAGGAAGGAGCUGGUUGUACAGUGCCAGAGGAGUUAUUAGUUCCAGGUACCAUUUACCAUCUAAAGAGAAACAUAGACACUAAUGCUUACAGCAGAAGUGGCAGAGAGGUGGAAGUUUUCACAAUGUGGAAGAGGCAUCCAGGUGAACAUUUCCAGAGGAUAGUGCUCUCUAGCAACAUAAUCUCAGACCACAAGUGUGAUAGCCAUUACUACGCUCUACGGGAUGUACUCAAAGGUUUGCCAGUUACCAACUGAUGAGACACUUAAAUGAUUAAAAACCAAUGAUCACAACAAUUUUCUCCAUAAGAUGUGAAAAUUUCUUGCAGAAAUUUGUGCAGUAGUUUGCCAUUCGUAAUUUUAUAUGAAGUUCUUUGUUGUUGUUGUAUAAGUACAUGUAAUUCCAAACUGAUUUUGAUCUGAUUUUAAUUUAAAAUUAAGGAAAAUUUAUUAUUUAGUCCUUA